AUGAAGGAAGAGAGCCAGAGAGAAGCGUCUGAAGAUGCACAUGACGACCAGUCGAACUCGAGAUCCGGCGCUAACCAAUCUUCCAAGGAUCGCAAAUGUCAAUAUUGCAGCCAAGCGUUUACCUCUUCGUCACUGGGCCGUCAUUUAGACCAGUUCCUCUUCAAGAAGAAGCCUGAUGGAGUUCACGAUGUGGAGGAAAUUCGUCGCAUUCGGAGCGGGAUCACUCGUCGGCAGGCCCGCACAAAUUCCGGUAGACGCGACGAAAGCCCUGAUGGUGACCCGAGAAAAGGUUCAUCCGAUCCCUACACAGCUGGAGAUUCAGCCUCCAAAGCACGGGAAGCUCCGCCGCGCAUGAUGUUCAACACACCCACCUGGCAUGCAACUGGCGUCAUCAACGAUAUUCCCAAUCCGAGUCGCAUGCUUGAUGGCCCGCGGAUUAUGCCACCGCAGUCUCGAUCGGGAUCUUUACAGCUACCGGAUUAUGCGAGUCGCGGCGCCAAUUCCAACAACCCGGAUACCAUGAAAGCGCUCGAGCUGGCGCUACAUGAGGUGCUCGACAAUAUUAAAGCUGCAACUUCACGAUUUCGACCUCGGCUAUCUCCCUUCGAGUUCGAUAUUCAAGCUCAAACGUUUCCGUCUCUUUGCCUCCAUUUUCUCCCCCCACCACCGAGUCUGUUCGCUUCUCACCCUUUCCCCUCACCCGACUCAUUCCCACUUCAAGCUCCUAGCGUCGAGCAUCUUGACAUUGUUCGGCAAGCACUCCGAGCCAAGAUUGCACAAUGGAGAUCAGACCAAAUCACAGGGGAUCCUGGCGCUCACGCGAAACAUAUGGGGGCUACUCUGGAUCAGAACAUGAUUUAUCGGACUGCACAGCAACAUGAGGAAAUAGGACUGCGGCACCUGGAACUGGCUUUCAGCCACUGGAAUAUGCUUCCACAGGAGGCCCGCCGCGAGGCGUGGUUGCUGGAAAUGACUCGCGCGUUUGCUCGCGAAGUUGAUACACGGAAGUCUGUGGAUGAACGCUUGGCUAGGGUCCAGCAGGAAGCAAAUCAACUUCGAACGCAGGUGGAGCGUCUGGGGUCAUGUCAAUGGCCACGAGAAUUUGCUCUUUUCCCGCCUGAUACACUUCCGCUUUCACGGGAUGCGACUCGAGAAUUAGAUGCAAAACAAAGCCAAAUUAGUCCUGAUUCCACUCGGUGGGACUACGAUCACGUUGUUUCCAAGUGGAAGCGCGUCGUCAUGCAUGACAAAGGGAUGGGCCGUAUUGGAGUGGGCUACGCUGCUGGUAGCACGCUGGUCGACUCAGAUAACAGCCAGCAGCUACAAAGUCCCGAUCUCCGACCCCCUCGACCAGGUGAAGAUACUUCGUCUCAUCCGAAUCGCCUACGGCCUCUACAAACCAUCGCGAUGAGCCCGGAUGCAAAUACCGCUUCUACCCCUGCCUCCUCAGCAAAUUAUGCCUCUCCGUAUUCGCAUGCAGAUACCCGGAGCCCACCAGGCGGCAACGCUGGAGCCCCACAGGCUAAACGUCCCCGUCUAAUGAAUGGAUCUGACGGCCCAGCUGCGCCAUCCUCCGAUUCAGCUCCUUCCUCAGCCAAGCCGACUGGUCCCUGGCCUAAUUCCUCCACCCCAAUUCUUUCUAAUUUGGCUGCGCCUUCUGGGCAAACACCUCCUCCCUCUACUAGGGGAUAA